GACCAAAGUUUCUACUAUCAGGGUUUUGGACUCCACAGAACCAAACCAAAAAACCCUACACCUAUCUCAACAAUUCCGAUCACUACAAUGGCCUCCACCGCCGCCAGAUCAAUAUUCCGAUCUUCUUCCUCAGCCAGAUCAGCGUUUCGUGUCGCAUCGGAAGCUAAACCAGCUCGUUCCUCAUUCCGCACCGCCUCCAGUAAACCUCCCUCGCCAUCACAGUCCACAUUCAGGUCUCCGGUUCAAUUGAGUUUUUGCGUGGAAUCCAUGAUGCCUUACCACACGGUCACUGCUUCUGCGCUCAUGACCUCCAUGCUUUCCAUUUCGAGCCGCAACUACGCUUGGCUUUCAGAAGGUAUUAUCAAUCAAACUGUUUGAUAAUACUUUUGGAAAAUUCGACGUGUUUUUGUGCAAAUUGAAUUGUUUUUGUUUAGUUGCAUUGUUAAUUGUAAACAAAUAUGAAUUAAUUACAACUGGUUAUUCAUUUGGAUUUGAAUACUAUGUAGCAUGAGGUGCAUUUUGGAGGAAAUUGAAUAAGAACGUUACCAUUGAUUGAUCAAUGAGUGCAAUAUAUGAACUACUCCUUACUCUGACUGAGUUGAAACUUACUCUCUUUUGUGUUAUUUGGCAUCUUUAAUACUAAGAUUUCUUAGAAUCAGGUUUAGAAAAUAUUUGCGGUUUUAUGUAGUUAAAAGUAGUUGAACUAGAGCUUGUAGAAAACCUGUGUGUGUAAUGUGCCCAUUCGCUUUGGGCCUGCUAGUUUGUCUCUGUUUUGAUU